UCUAAUGAUCUAAUGUUGAUCGAUUAUUCAGAAUUGAUUAUCAUAUAAAAUCUAUAUAUACUUAAAUGGUACUCAAGUAAGAAUUCAUUCAUUCCAUCACUGAAAUGGCCAUAGGAACCACCUUACAUACUAAUUUGUCAUCGUCAUCAUCGAUUAAAUGGGAACAAUUUUCUCGCAGAGUUCUGAUCAAAAACAUCGUCUAUCGCUCCGACGGUGGUGUUGGUUUAGCCAGAGAAAAAGUUUCAGUAGGUGGUUGGGUAAAAAAUGGCAAAGAACAAGGUUCAUUUGCAUCUCUUGAAUUAAACGAUGGUUCCUGUCCAUCAGAUCUUCAAGUCAUUGUUGAUUCUUCUAUUGCUGCUAAUAUCGGAGAAAUUGUUCAUACUGGUACUUGUAUUUUUGUUAAUGGUGAACUUAAGAAAACACUUCAAGGAACAAAACAAAAUGUUGAAUUGCACGUUGACAGUGUUCUGGAUAUUGGUCUUGUUGAUCCUGCUAAAUAUCCCUUAUUCGGAAAUCAGCCGCUCACUCUUGAAUCUCUAAGGGAUUAUGUACAUCUUCGUCCUAGGACCGAUACAAUAUCCGCAAUUGCUCGAAUCAGGAACGCAUUGGCUUAUGCAACACAUACAUUUUUCCAAAACCAUGGGUUUCUUCACGUGCACACACCUAUUAUCACCACUACUAGUGAUUGGGAGGGUUCUGGAGAAGUGUUUCAAGUCACAACAUUGUUUCGCGAGGCUGACAAAUUGGACAAGGAGCUGAAAGAGAACCCUUUACCAUCUCAAGAUGAUAUUAAAGCUGCUAAACUUCUAGUCAAGGUGAAAAGAGAGGCUGCUGCACAACUAAUAAUGGAUAACGCUAGUAAAGGCGAGAUCAAUAUUGCUGUUUCCAAACUAGCGAUGUCUAUGGAUAAGCUCACGAAGCUAGAGAAGAGAUCUAUUCUUAAGCCUGGUCUACCUCAAAAGGAUGGGAAUAUUGACUACUCCAGCGAUUUUUUUACGCGUCCAGCAUUUUUAGUUGGGUCAGGGCAAGUCCAGCUUGAGACGUUUGCUUGUGCCCUCAGUAAUGUUUAUACAUUUGGACCAACUUUACGAGCUGAACACUCUCAAUCAUUUAGGCAUCUCGCUGAGUUUUGGAUGGUGGAACCCGAGAUCGCAUUUGCAGAUUUGGAGGAUAAUAUGAAUUGCGCAGAGACGUAUGUUAAAUUUUUGUGUCAGUGGUUACUAGACAACUGCCUUGAUGAUAUGCAAUUGAUGGUUAAAAAUUUCGACAAAACUGCUAUAUAUCGUUUGAAGCUGGUAACGUCAACCCCCUUUGAGCGUAUUACUUACACUCGAGCUGUAAAAAUUCUUGAGAAUGUUACGGAAAAGAAGUUCGAGAACACGGUGGAAUGGGGAAUCAAUUUUGACGCUGAGCAUGAAAGAUAUUUGACAGACGUAAUAUUCAAAAAGCCUGUUAUCGUAUAUAACUAUCCUAAGGGAAUCAAAGAAUUUCACAUGAGGAUCAAUGAUGACAAGAAAACAGUCGCUGCCAUGGAUGUGCUAGUGCCCAAGAUUGGAGAGUUAAUAGGAGGAGGCCAAAGGGAAGAGCGUUAUGAUGUUAUGGAGAAAAGGAUUCUCGAGUCAGGUAUGCCACUUGAUCCAUACGAAUGGUACCUUGAUCUACGACGCUAUGGGACUGUGAAGCACUCAGGCUUUGGUUUAGGAUUUGAGCGGAUGGUACUGUUUGCUACAGGCCUUGAUAAUAUUCAAGACGUGAUUCCCUUCCCUAGGUAUCCAGGAAGAGCAGAUCUUUGACCAUCUUUCUCGCAAAAAUAAUGUUCUUCCGGUGACAAAUAAGUGUUUAUUGUACAAGUGUUCUCCCUUGAUUUGUUCCUUUUCAUUUCUGUGACUCUUUUCAUAUGUAAUCAUAUUUGGAAUUAAAUUGCAA